AUGUCUGCGACACAGGCGCCAUUCAGCGCGCCCAUCGCCAAAGAUGGUCCUGACGCCUCGCCCAUCCGCAGCAUCCUCGAUACGGACCUAUACAAGCUCACGAUGCAGCAGGCCGUCCUGCGCCACUACCCGCACACCCGCGUCGCCUACCGCUUCACCAACCGAGCAGCGUCCACCAUGAAGUUCACCCGUACUGCUGUCGAUCGUAUCCGCGGCCACAUCGAGAAGCUGGUCCAUCUGAAGCUGGAGAAGGAUGAACGGGCAUGGUUGGAAAAGACAUGUCCGUAUCUGCGUAAAGACUACUUGGAUUACCUAGAGGCGUUCCGGUUCGACCCGGCCAACCAAGUGUCGGUCGACUUUGUUGCGACAGACGGAGAGUGGGGGGAUUUGAGUCUCAAGGUGCAGGGUGUGUGGAGCGAUGUGAUCUUCUACGAGGUGCCGUUGAUGGCGAUCGUUUCAGAGGUGUAUUUCUCCACUGUGGAUACCGAGUGGUCGCUCGAGGGGCAGUUCGAGCAGGCUCAACGAAAAGCGACACAGCUCACCUCGCAAGGCAUCCGCUAUUCCGAGUUUGGCACUCGCAGACGGCGCUCCUAUCAAACGCACAGGCUCGUUCUGGAGGGUCUCGUCGCCGGCGACGCAGCCUCUUCCUCCUCCUCAACAUCAGGCAAGCUGUUGGGAACCUCAAAUGUGCAUUUCGCCCACCUCUUCGAUCUGGUCCCCAUCGGAACGGUAGCACACGAAUGGACCAUGGCCGUUGCAGCACUCGAGGGAUACGCCCAUUCGAAUCUCACCGCUCUCCAGCUCUGGGACGCUGUCUACUCCCCACCCGAUUUCGUACCCAACAGCCCGACGCACGACCUCACCAUCGCGCUCACCGAUACGUUCUCGACAAAUGUCUUCUGGGCCGACCUCCUCGACAACCCAGCCGGCAUCGAGAUCGCCAAACGCUGGCGAGGGUUGCGACAGGACAGUGGCGAUAGCAAGGCUUUUGCCCAAAAAGCCCUCCAGGCGUAUCGCAGCAUUGGCGUGGAUCCCAGCACCAAGGUCGUCAUCUACUCGGACGGAUUGGAUGUCGAACGAUGUCUCGAACUCGCACAGUACUCGAAAGAGAUCGGCAUCGGUGCUGGCUUCGGUGUAGGAACCAGCUUUACGAAUGAUUUUCGCAAACGGGAAGGCGAGGAGAAGAGUAAGCCACUCAACAUCGUUAUCAAGCUGGAUAGUGUAGAGGGCAAGCCGGUGGUGAAGAUCUCGGAUGAGCUGACGAAAAACACGGGCGAUCCGGCAGAGGUCCUCGCUGUCAAGAGGAGGUUCGGCAUUCCAACAUCGACGCAUCUCAGUCGGGAUGUCGUCAAGGAUAUCACCCUGGGUGGAACGAGCGAGAUAGAGGUCGAAGAUGCUUGA